UGUCAUUCCUUCUGUCAAAAGUCAAAUUUCUGUAGGCAAAAAAUUUGUAGGUUCUCUUCUCCCGUGUUUUCGAUAAAAAAAAGGUUAUUUUUUUAAAUAAAAAUGUCAAUAAUAUCAAGAAAUGCGGGUCUAAUUAGGAACUUAAUGCUUGAUUUUACUCGAUUAAGAGUUUCUCCAGCUAUAACACAAAUACGUGAGAAGGGCCAUUUAACUAGACCGCGAAUUCGUAAUCCUUAUUGGUUUGUUCGUAAAAAUCGUGUUAUCCAUGAUGAUAGCAUAACCCCUGAAAACAAAGUAUUUGUCAAAGAACUUAUUCACGACACUUUUGGUCCACCUGCUAUUAUAAAAGGUGUCCAAACAUAUGAUCAAACAAACAAGUUGAGUCUGUUGAAAGCCGAAGAACAAACCAAUGUUGAAUGGACACCACAAGUUCGUCGAACUGGAUUGCUUGCCCGUAAAAUCGGCCAAUAUCCACUUUGGCUAAAGAAUGGAAAAAAGAUACGCACAACAUUGUUGCACAUUGUUGAUAAUCAUGUUAUUAAAUACACACCACCAGAAGAAUAUCAACCUGCUCAGAAACCAGCGGUAACAAAUAAGAGAAAAUUUGGUUGUUUGUUGGUGGGCGCUGAAAGCGCUGAUCCUUCAUUGCUAACCAAAGAAUACUGUGGAUUAUUUAAAGAUUCGGGAGUUAUGCCUAAGAAGAAUAUUGCACGGUUUUUGGUCACACCUAGUGCAGCUAUUAAUCCUGGAACACGACUUGAUGUGACACAUUUUCGAGUUGGGGAUUGUGUUGAUGUUAGAGGAAAGACAGUAUCACACGGUUUUCAGGGUGUAGUUAAACGUCACGGCUUCAAAGGUAUGCCAGCUUCCCAUGGUGUGACAAAAACCCAUCGUCGUCCCGGUAACAUUGGUGGUGGUGGUGAAAAGGGUCGUGUUUGGCCAGGAACCAAAUUGCCCGGUCACAUGGGUAAUCGUUAUAGAAAAAUCAAGGGUCUUAAAAUAUGGCGCAUCAAUACCAAAUACAAUGUAAUGUGGGUACAAGGAAGUGCUGUUCCUGGUCCAACUAACGGUCUUGUCUACAUUUACGAUACAAUCUUACCUCGCCGAAAACCAGAAGCAAAUGGUCCACCAGUGCCUACAAAUUUAAAUGCCGAAAAUGAAGGAUUACCAGAAGAUAUAUGGUUUGAAGAUGUACAUUGUUUUAAAGAUCCAACAAUAACAUAUGAAGUUGAGGAGAAAUAAAUUUAAAAAAAAAUCAGAAUUAAUUGUUAAGAUAAUAAAAAAAAUGUUAAACUUUA